AUGUCCGACUCGUCCAGCGACGACGACGUCCCGCUGUCCCAGCUCCAGGCGCCGGCCAAGCCCGCCGCGAAGCCCGCCGCGAAGCCCAAGCCCAAGAAGAAGCCGCCGCCGUCGCCGUCCUCGUCCGACGACAGCGACGACGAGCCCGUCAAGCCCCCGCCGAAGAAGCGCGCCAAGCCGAAACCGAAGUACAAGGAGUCUUCCGACGACGACGACUCCUCGGACAGCGACGACGAGCCCAUCCAGAAGAAGCGCGCGGCCCGCAAGCCCGCGAAGCGCAAGGCCCCCGCGAAGAAGGAGCCGGCUCCGAAGCGAAGGAAAUCCUCGACCGGCUCGACGGCGCGAAAGCCCAAGCAGCUCACGAAGGUCCAGCGCCUCGAAAAAGCGUUGGGCGCCUUCGAGUGGUGGAACGCGCCCGACCCGCCCGAGGGCAAGUCGUGGACGACGCUGGAACAUGCCGGUGUCACGUUCGAGCCGCAAUACGUCCCGCACAACGUGCCCUUAGUGUAUGAGGGUCAACCUGUGAAAUUAACUCCUAGACAGGAAGAGCUCGCGACGUUCUACGCGUCCAUGCCCGAGGACGGGCCCCAACUCUCGGUCAAAGGUGGUCAGCGAGAAAUAUUCCAGAAGAACUUCUGGGACGACUUCUCGAAGGCGCUGGGCAGUUCGCACACCAUCAAGAGCUUUAAAGGCUGCGACUUCACACGAAUCAGUGAACAUUUGGAUAGGCAGAAGGCGAUCCGCCGUUCCGCGUCGGACGCGGAGAAAAAAGCGACGAAGGAAAUGAAGGAUAAACAAUUACUCAAGUCCGGCUUUGCGUUGCUCGACGGCCACGUCGAGAAGGUCGGGAAUUUUCGCAUGGAGCCGCCCUCGUUGUUUCGCGGUAGAGGUAAACAUCCAAGAACGGGGGUCGUGAAGCAAAGGACGGAGCCGGAUCGCGUCGCGAUCAAUGUGGGGCGGGAUAGGGCACCUCCUAGAUGUCAUGAACCAGGUAGAUCUUGGUCGGACGUGCAGCACGACGACUCCGUGACUUGGUUAGCUACUUGGCGCGGAGGCGGCGUCCGUGACGUAUAUAUGCAUUCGAGUGGCGCCGCAGCGAUGGCGUCGACGCGACGCGACGCCAUCGACGCGACGCCAUCGCCGCGACGCCAUCGCCGCGACGCCAUCGCCGCGACGCCGCACAUAACGCGACCGCGCGCAGGCACGAGAACGUCAUGAGCCAGAAUAAAUACGUGAUGCUCGCGGCGAACUCGUCCCUGAAGGGCAAGAGCGACUUCAACAAGUUCCACAAGGCGAUGCAGUUGAAAGGGUGUAUUGAUAAGGUCCGAAGGGACUACCAGCGGCACCUCGACAGUUCGGAUAGGCAGCUCAAGCAGCAGGCGACGACGAUGUGGCUCAUCGACGUCCUGGCGUUGCGCGUCGGUGGCGAGAAGAACGAGGACGAGGCGGAUACCGUGGGUUGCUGCUCGCUGCGCGUCGAGCAUUUUACCUUCCACAGCGGUGGCAAGGACGUCGAUCUAGAAUUCUUAGGCAAAGACUCGAUCCGCUUCAAGCAGUCCAUCGACUUCCAGAACGUCGACAGCAACGGCCCGCGCGUCCACGCUAAUUUAACGCAGUUCUGCAAGGGCAAGAGCAAGAACGAGCAGGUCUUCGAUCUGAUCACGCCGACGGAGCUGAACAAGCACCUGUCGUCGAUCAUGCCCGGGUUAACUGCUAAAGUGUUCCGUACGUACAACGCUAGCGAGACUUUACAAAACCAGUUACCAAAAGCGGAGGACGUGAAGAAAUUACCGACGCCCCAGGACAAGAUCGUGGCCUACAACGAGGCCAAUAGGACCGUGGCCAUUCUCUGUAACCAUCAACGGACCGUGUCGGCCGCGGCCGCUACCGGCUUGGAGGAGAAGGCCGAUCGCCUGGAGCAAUUGAAAACUCAAAGAAGGGAACUCCAGAGCUGGAAGGGUUUGUCGUCAAAAAAAAUCCCCCUCCACUCCGGCGAGGAUCCCUCCAAAAAAGCCGCGGAGCUCGUUGAUAAAGCUAAACAAAUGAAAAACGACGCGAAAACGGCCGACGAGAAAGUGGCCGCGACGAAGGCCUACGAGAGCGCCAUGGACAAGCGGCGCCAGGCGAACAAGGCCAAGCAGGCGGAAGCGCACAAGUUCAAGAAUACGCCGGACGAGGACGCGAUCGACAAGCGCAUCGAGAUGUGGACGGAGAAGGUCAAGAAGAUGGAGGUUGAGCUCAGGAACAAGGAGGAAAACAAAGAAGUUUCGUUGGGUACGUCGAAAGCCAACUACAUGGACCCCAGGAUCACGGUCGCCUGGUGCAAGCGGUGUGAUUUGGAGAUCUCGCGGCUGUUCCCGAAGACGCUCAAGGACAAGUUCAACUGGGCCAUGGGCGUCGACGGAGAUUGGCGCUUCGAGGCGGCGGAGGUGAAGAAGAACUAG